AUGAAACUCUGCAGUCCUACCGUCGUCCGCUGCUCCAAGACAAGACCCUUCAUCGCCGCCAAGAGAUUCAUGUCUUCGACAAAACUGCCUCAGCAAUUCCCCUUCGAAACAAGUAAUGGAGAGCAUUAUUGGGCACAACACCCCAAUGCCCAUUACCAGAAGGCGGAUGCCGACGCUUUCAAGGGACUCACUUUUGCUGAACAAUCAAAGUUACCAUCGUUGCCCGUCCCUGAUUUGAAAUCCACAAUGGCAAAAUAUUUGCACUCUAUCAAACCUUACUGUCAUAACGCAACGGAAUGGGAAAACCAAUCUCUAUUGUCCAAGGAUUUCUUGGAAAAUAUGGGUCCCGUCUUACAAUCAAGAUUGGAAACUUUCGCCAAGGAUAAGAGGAAUUGGCUUUCAUCCUUCUGGGAUAACCAAGCUUAUUUACAAUAUAACGAUCCUAUAAUCCCCUACGUGUCUUAUUUCUACGUUCAUGACAAGUUACCAACUACUCAUUUACAAAUUGAAAGGGACCCACUGUUGAAAUCCACAGCAAUAAUCUCUACAGUAGUCAAAUUCAUUGAAUCAUUAAAGAGGGAAGCCAUUCCUGCGGAAAUUAUUAAAGAGAGUCCAUUUUGUAUGAAUAGUUUCCAAUUAAUGUUUAACACGGCAAGAAUCCCGGGAAAUCCACAGGAUGAUAGAGAUACAAAUAUCUUUUAUUCCAUUUAUGAAAAUAAUUUCAUGGUCGUAGCAUUCAGGGGACAAUUCUAUAAAUUGUCGACUCAUUCAGAGGAUAAUGUACCAUUACCUCUUAACGCUAUUUGGAAACAAUUAUAUUCCAUCGUGAAUGACUCUUCUGCCGCUCCGGCUACACAGGGAAUCGGAUCCCUUACCUCAUUACCUCGUGAUCAAUGGCGUACAGCUCAUGCGGAAUUAAUCAAAGAUCCAUCAUCUCGUGAAUCCCUAGAAUUGAUCCAUAGAGCAUCUUUCAUCUUAUGUUUGGAUACUCAAGUUAAACCAAUCACUCUAGAGGAAAAAUCAAGAAACGCUUGGCAUGGUGAUGGAAUCAAUAGAUUCUACGAUAAGUCUUUACAAUUCUUCGUCACAGGUAAUGGAUCUUCCAGUUUCUUAGCUGAACAUUCCAAGAUGGAUGGAACACCAACUUUAUUCUUAAACACUUAUGUAUGUCAACAAAUGGCAAAACUGAACCCUGAACAAUUCAUCAAGGGAACAUUGUCCCCCUCCACUGCAUUUGAAUCCACCACCAAACCACUCCCAUUCUUAAUCACACCCACUAUCAAAUCACAAAUUGAAUCAGCUCAAAAUCAAUUCCAGGUACAAAUUAAUCAACACGAUUUGAAAGUUUGGCAUUAUAACAGAUAUGGUAAGAAUUUCAUCAAAUCACAUGGAAUGUCCCCGGAUGCAUUCAUUCAACAAGUAAUACAAUUAGCCAUCUACAAAUAUUUGGGACGUCAAUUACCCACUUACGAAGCUGCAUCCACACGUAAAUAUUUCAAAGGUCGUACGGAAGCCGGAAGAUCAGUCUCACCUGCAUCACAAGCUUUCGUCCAAUCAUGGGAUUCACCAACAAAAUCAACAGUGGAAAAAAUUGCAUUAUUGAAAUUAUCAGCAAAGGAACAUUCCAAUUACAUGAAGGAUGCAGCAAAUGGGAUGGCCAUUGAUCGUCAUUUAUUUGGUUUAAAGAACAUGUUGCAACCAGAAGAUGUUAAACCAGAAUUAUUCAAGGACCCAACAUUUAAUUACUCUUCCACUUGGCUAGUAUCCACAUCACAAUUAUCCUCAGAAUAUUUUGAAGGGUACGGUUGGUCCGAAGUCAACGAUAAUGGUGUCGGGUUGGCAUACAUGUUGAAUAAAGAUUGGUUACAUAUAAACAUCGUUUGUAAACCAGAAUUCAGUCUAUUUAACGUGCAAAAGAUGCAUUAUUACUUGAGUGAAGCAGCUGAUGAAAUCGCUGAUGCCUUGAUUCAAGUUGAAAAGCAAGCAAAAUUGUAA